AUGGAGAUGAAAGUGAUGUCAGCUUGUGCUCUUGCUGAUUUGGCUUUAAAUUCUGCUAUAGGUUUGCCAAAGGCCAAACACCAAAACCAUGAAGACCCCAGCAACAGGGUCCUGGAAUUUAGUGAGGUGAGCGUGACAAAACUUUUAUGGGCACUUGUCGACUUUUCACUGACUAUGAUAAACUAG